AUGGAAGACUUACCCACCCGGUGGGAGGUGGAACUCGAGUUUGUGCAAUCUCUUGCCAACAUCCAGUAUCUCAGCUACUUAGCCCAGAACGAGUAUCUCAAAAAACCAGAAUUCUUGGCGUAUCUCGAAUAUUUGAACUACUGGAGACGUCCGGAAUAUGCUCGUUAUGUGGUUUAUUCCAAUUGCUUGCACAUUUUAACAUUGUUACAAACACAGGAGUUUCGUGACAAUAUCGUCAAGCCUGAGUUUAUUAACAUGUUGAUGAACGAUAUGGUGAAGCGGUGGCAAGAUUCUGAUGAUGUGACGUUCACACCGACGGAGAAUGGGGAAAAAAAGAGUGAGGGUGAAAAGGAGAAAUAG